AUGACUUACAUUUAGAACAUAAAGGCUUCUAAAUCUCUCCAAAAUCUUUAAGUAUGGCUCCUGUAUCUAGCAAUCUAAUUAAGGGAGAUACUGAUGAAAUUAUUGAACAGAUCUAUUGCUUUGAUAACACUCGUGAAUAAAAUACCUUACUGGAGAAUCUCAGAUCCAAUAAAUUCACUAAAUCUAACAUUCUCAAUUUAAAAGAUGAAGUUAUUAUCGAUUUACGACAAGCUUAGAGUCCUUCUAAAAAAUUAAUGUCAAAUAAAAACUUAAACAAUAAAUUCAUUAAAAUGCUGUGAAGCAAAUUCUCAUAUAUUUUGUAGUUAUAUUAGUAUAUAUAUCAUAGCUAUAAACUCUCUUAUUAUUGAUUUUAUUAAUUUAAAAUCAAUUUCUCAACGCUGUCUUAAAAUUAUGGGCUGUUGUUAGGAUAGACCUACUAUUAUUCUCAAAGGAAACGAGCUUAGACAUCCAAUUAAAGAGCCAUCUGUUGUCCUUACUAAAAGAGCUCAAAUUUUGGAACCUAUGAAAAUCUCAAUAAUGGGAGAUAUUGAUUAAAUGGAUUUCAUAGAUGAAUUUCCUAUACAAAUGCCUUCCAUUACUUAAAUUGAUUCUAAAUUACCAAAUAAAUUAAUGAUUACUUGUGAUUUGAAGGAAACAAAGGAUUUUGUAAUUGAUGUAUUUCAAUAUUUUUAGAAAUCUACAUUAAUAUCAGAUACAAUUAUAAUCGAUAUGAGAUCUGGCACAUUGCUUCAGAGUCCAUUAAAAUAAAUGUCAGAGAGAAGUUCUAGCAAAAACUUAAACAAAAAAUUCUUAGAAAUGCUUUGA